AUGAAGAAGGUUACACUUGAUGUUUCACUGAUAGAUGUAAUAAGGAUAGAAAAAACCAAACCAGUUCAUCCUCAGCAUAAUAAAGUGGUAAUGGGUACACAAUUUAAUAGAAAAGUACUGGGAAAGACAGAUUGGAAGAGUGGUCAUGAAAUGGAAAUCGAAACAGGUUAUAUUGCCUUAGUAAAUGUAUCUCAAGGGAUACAAGUACCCCGCCAGAAUACGGGAGAAAAGGGAGGAUUGGACCUCUCAUUACCCACUCUCGUACUCCACGACUCGUAA